AGAGAGAGAGUGGAGAGGGAGAAACGAUGGGAAGCCUGGCUUACAGUUUCAGAUCUUUCGAUAUAAAUUCGACCCCUCGGAUCCAGUUUCGAGCAUUCAAUCCGUCAUUCGUGUAUCCUCUCUGUUUGUCAAAGCUACCGAGAAAGCUCUGUCUUUCUGAUAUUUUAGAAAUCGUGUUCUGCCAUUGCAAGCAAGCAAGCAUUGGUACAGGGAAGUGGGUUAGAACCGCUCUUCGUUGAGAAGGACGAAACACAAGAGGAAAAGGAAAAGCACAAGGAAGAGAUGACGAUCACGCCGGCGGUUAGGAUUGCCGACCGUAAACUAGUUAUCAAGGAUCGCACGAUCCUUUCCGGGGUACCGGACAAUGUCAUAUCAACGUCCGCUUCUACUUCCGGCCCUGUUGAAGGUGUCUUCAUCGGCGCCGAGUUCCCGGAAAGCAACAGUCGUCAUAUUGUAUCUCUUGGUACUCUCAGAGAUGUUCGAUUUCUGGCGUGUUUCCGGUUCAAGCUAUGGUGGAUGGCCCAGAAGAUGGGGGAUCAAGGGCGAGAUGUUCCUCUCGAGACACAGUUCCUGCUGGUUGAAACAAAAGAAGGAUCCCACCUAGAAUCGAACGAUGAAAGUGAACAUAACCAAAUAGUUUACACCAUCUUCCUCCCUCUGAUCGAAGGCCCCUUCAGAGCUUGUCUCCAAGGCAACUUCCAGGAUGAGCUCGAACUCUGCCUCGAAAGUGGCGAUGUUGACACGAAAGCCUCCUCAUUCACGCACUCCCUCUUCGUCAGCGCCGGUACCGAUCCCUUCGCCACCAUCACGGACGCAAUUAGAGCCGUGAAGUUUCAUCUGAAAACCUUCCGUCAGCGUCACGAAAAGAAACUCCCCGGGAUCUUGGACCACUUCGGGUGGUGCACGUGGGACGCGUUUUACCAAGAAGUAACCCAGGAAGGUGUCGAGGCCGGACUCCAGAGUCUCGCCGCCGGUGGAACUCCUCCAAAGUUCGUGAUCAUCGAUGACGGGUGGCAAUCCGUCGGAGGGGACCAACAACAAGAGGAUCUGGAAAACAAGGAGGAGGAGAAACUGCCACCGUUGCUUAGGUUGACAGGGAUCAAGGAAAACUCCAAGUUUCAGAAAAAGGAUGAUCCGACGGUGGGAAUUAAGAGCAUCGUGAACAUUGCAAAGGAGAAGCACGGUCUGAAGUAUGUGUACGUGUGGCACGCGAUCACCGGCUACUGGGGUGGGGUCCGCCCCGGUGUGGAGGGGAUGGAGCAAUAUGGGUCGAAGAUGCAGUAUCCUAAUGUAUCGCCCGGGGUGGCCUGGAACGAACCAGGAUGGAAGACCGAUGCAUUGGCGGUUCAGGGGCUGGGUCUGGUGAACCCGAAAAAUGUCUACCGGUUUUACAAUGAAUUGCACAGCUACCUGGCCUCCGCUGGAAUCGACGGGGUGAAGGUGGACGUCCAGUGCAUUUUAGAGACGCUUGGCGCAGGUUUAGGGGGGAGGGUUGAGCUCACAAGGCAAUACCAUCAAGCCCUUGAUGCUUCCGUGUCCCGCAACUUCCCUGACAAUGGGUGCAUCGCUUGCAUGAGCCAUAAUACUGAUGCGCUGUACUGUUCCAAGCAGACGGCGGUAGUAAGGGCAUCGGACGAUUUCUACCCUCGUGAUCCGGUGUCACACACGAUACACAUUGCAUCGGUUUCGUACAACAGCGUCUUCCUCGGCGAGUUCAUGCACCCGGACUGGGACAUGUUCCACUCGCAGCAUCCAGCCGCGGAGUACCAUGGCUCUGCGAGGGCGAUCAGUGGUGGGCCCCUCUAUGUUAGUGACGCGCCGGGGAAGCACAACUUCGAGUUGCUGAAGAAGAUGGUUUUGCCGGAUGGAACGAUACUCCGGGCACGGUUACCGGGUAGACCGACCCGAGACUGUCUGUUCUCGGACCCGGCUCGUGAUGGUGUGAGCUUGCUGAAGAUAUGGAACAUGAACAAGUUCACCGGAGUGCUGGGCGUGUACAACUGCCAGGGUGCAGCAUGGAGCAGCGUAGAGAGGAAAAACAUGUUCCACCAGACCCGAUCCGAGGCCAUAACGGGUGUUCUGAGGGGCGGGGACGUCCACCUCAUCGCCGAGGCUGCCACGGAUGCCGACUGGAACGGUGACUGUGCGGUUUUCCGGCACCGGGGCGGGGAGCUUGUAACUCUGCCCCACAAUGCAGCCAUGCCCAUGACUCUCAAGGUCCUUGAGCACGACGUCUUCACGGUGUCUCCGAUCAAGGUUUUGGCCCCGGGCUUCAGCGUUGCGCCGUUGGGGCUGAUUGACAUGUACAACGCCGGUGGAGCGAUUGAGGGGUUGAGGUAUGAAAUGAAGGGUGGUGCUGCGUUGUCAGAGUUGGAGACCGGAUAUGGGGGGGAAGCCAACGGAAUUGCUGCGCAGCCGGUGGAGAACCGGAGCUCGGAACCAGUUGGGUUGGUUCAUAUGGAGGUGAAAGGAUGCGGUCGGUUGGGUGUAUACUCGUCGGCGAAGCCCAGGAGGUGCAGCGUGGGGGCGGCGACGGUGGGCUUUGAUUAUGAUGCAUGGUCUGGGCUUUUGGUAAUCAGCUUGGAUCACAUGCCGGAAGAGGGCCAGAAAUUCCACGUUAUUGAGAUUGAGUUUUAAUAAUUAACUAUAUAUUGAUGGAUGUAUUAUUAUUAUAUUAGAAAUAUUUAUUUUAUUCUGAGAUAUCCUUUUUAUUUUUGGUAGAAAUGGAAAGAGAUGUCAGAUAUCUCCAUUAUGGUGGGAUUGAUGAUGUGAAAUUACUCGGAAAAUGAAGAAAUUCUGAUUUUUUUUUUUUUUUUUGCAAAAGAAAGUGAUCUUCAUUAAGUGAUCUUAGAAAUAGUUACAUGAGAAGAUCGUCUAGAGUCAUAUUGGAUACAUAGCUGCCCUAUGCAUGAUAUGUAAGCAAAGAGAUGAGCCAGCUUAAAUGUGCUGUCUAUACAAAAUUUAUAGACAAAAAGAAAGAUCUAGCAUGUCUUGAA